AUGGCCGACAAGGAGAAGCCGGAGGCUGAGGAGGAAGAGGAGUACGAGAGCGACCUCGACGACGCGCCCCUCUCCGCGUUGCGGCGCCGCGACGCUGCGAGCGACGACGAGGAAGAGGACGAGAAUGAGGACGGAGGGACGCCCAUAAGGCGUAGGAAGGCCGGAUCCGACGCAGAUUCCGACGGGCAGGGCGCCGCCGAGGUGUACGACGAGGAGGGCGCGUACGAGGAAGGCGAGGAGGAGUACGAGGAAUACGAGGAGGAGGAGUACGGGGGGUUCGAAGCAGGGGACGGCAGAGUGCGGGUGGCUGCCGAGGCGGUUGCCGGUGCGGGGCAGGAGGGGGGCCAGGCGGCGGGGGAUGGGGAAGUUGAAAAGGUGGGUGAGGCAGCGCCAGGGGAUGAAGAGGAGGAGAAGAAGGGGAACGAGCCCUACGCCGUUCCGACGACCGGCGCCUUCUACAUGCACGACGACCGCUUCCAGGAGGGCCGUGGCCGUGGGCGUGGCCGCGGGCGCCAAAGGAGAAUGGUGAACAGUAGAAGGUUGUGGAGUCCUAAAGAUGAGCAAGCCUGGGUCCAUGACAGAUUUGAUGAGAUGGAUCUGCACGAUUUUCAUGGUGGCAAUCCAAAAAGAAAGCAGGGAGGUGGCUUUAGAGGACGUGGUGGUGGACAAGGUGGUAGAACUCGUGGCAUUAGCCGUGGCAACUUCAGAGGCAACAGAUCUCGAGCAUACUAUCAUGAUGGUAGCAAGAACUAUAGCUAUGUUCCAAAGGAAUCUCAUGCAUACCAUGAUAACACCAAGAAUACCCGUCAUUCUUCAUACUCUAAUGGGAAGAAUAGAGUUCCAAAACCAUCUCGUGAUCACUAUGAUGAUGCUAAAAGUUAUGAUACUGUCCCAAAUGAAUCUCGCACUUACUAUGGUGAUGCUAAGAGUCAAAAGAAUGCACCAAGAGUAGUUCGAGGAAGAGGCUCCAAGCGUUACCAACCACGCUUGAAAAGUACCACUGAUGUAUCUUCAGAGCAAAAUACCAAAUCUCAGAGUCUUGAAGACACUUCGUCAAAUGCAAACUUGGGAAAAGACCAAACUCAAGGAUCAAAUUCGCGGCUUGAACAAGUCCUUCCUAUUAAGCAGACUGUUGCAUCAAGCUUGAAUUCAGCUUCACCACCAUUUUAUCCUGCGAGGUCAUCCAAUCAAGAGCUCCCAGUUGGUCAAGGAGGGAAUGCACAACUUAGUAAUAACCUACUGAGAGGGAAGGCCUUUGUACCAUCAGUUGGGAAUGCUGCAGCUGCUAUGAAUGGUAUGAAUAGACCUGCACUGCUUCCAGCUGCAUCAUCAUCAAAUGGUCCAUUUUCUUUAGCCACUAAUCAAGUCAAUAGAGACUAUGGCCAGCCUGCGCAUCCACUUGUUCAACAAAACCCAGUUCAAUCCCCUACACGAUCUGCACCCAGGAUGCCUGCCCAGAUGUUUGGUGCAAGAUUCAGCAAUAGCAGUAAAAUAUCACCUGCACAACCUACAUCAACUACUUUGGGUGAUGACGCUGAAAUUUCUUCACCUAGGGGAUCAAACAAAUUUGAUUCUCGGUUAACAGUUAAGGGACAACCUGAUGACCAAGGACAAGAGCGUUCUUCGUUUCUCUAUGGUGGGGCUCAUGUUCUUGGGGCUACAGGUGCAAUGGGCAUUACACUUGGUGAUCAAAAUUUCCAUGGUACCCCAGCAUUGCUGCCAGUUAUGCAGUUUGGAGGUCAACGACCAGUUGGGCGUGGUGUUCCUUCAAUUGGUAUGGCUCUGCCAGGAUUUGUGUCUCAACAACAAGUUGGUCUCAAUAAUUCUGAGAUGACCUGGCUACCGAUAUUGACUGGUGCCUCUGGAGCUCUAGGAGCACCUUAUGGUUCACCUUAUAUAGCCAUUGAUGGAAGUUAUUACUCUCGACCAUCUGAACAAGCAUCUUCAUCAGUUUCUAUUAGAGAACCUAGUGCAAAUAAUGCUUCUUCUCUGUCGAAGUCCCAAGAAAUAACAGAGGUUGCAAGUGAUGAAAGAACUCAACGCCAAAAUAAACCUCGUUUGACAGUUGAAGAUGUUCAAACCAUCACUAUGGUCGUUUGCUGUGAUUAUUCUGCCGGGCUGGUGUUGUUACAAUUAUUAGGUGAGAUUUACAUGGUACUCGACGUCACCACAAUAUCAGACGUCGUCGCAGCAUAUUGCAUACAGUCCAUAAGUGUGAAGGUCUUGAUGGAAAUCCUCUUUGGUACUCGGCUGACUUGCAUCCGUUAUAUUUAUGACGAAGAUCCUGUAAACUUGUUAUCUGAUCCACCGUGUUGA